AUGGUUGUAUCUACGGAGUACAAGCAGGCUUUCAAGGGAAAGCCCUCAUUUCCAGCCAGCACCAAGGUGUACCAGGAAGGAUCUUCGCCAUCCAUUCGCGUACCCUUUCGCCAAAUCGCACUGAACCCGACCACGGGACGGUUCGGACAGGAGGAUAACGCUCCACUGUCCAUCUACGACACGAGCGGGGCGUAUUCCGACGAGACGGCGACUCUGGGUUUGCGGCAGGGGUUGCCGGCGUUGCGCCGCGACUGGAUCAUGGCGCGCGGGGGCGUGGAAGAAUACGCCCGCCAAGGCAUCGUUACUCCGGAGAUGGAGUUCGUCGGCAUACGGGAGGGCAUUGAUCCGGAAUAUGUGCGGCAGGAAGUGGCCCGCGGUCGGGCGAUCAUCCCCGCCAACAUCAACCACCCGGAGUCGGAGCCAAUGAUCAUUGGUCGGAACUUCCUGGUGAAAGUGAACGCCAACAUCGGAAACUCGGCCAUUACCUCGUCAAUCGAGGAAGAAGUGGAAAAGAUGUUGUGGGCGACCACGUGGGGCGCUGACACGGUGAUGGACCUGUCCACGGGUCGCGAUAUCCACACAACGCGGGAAUGGAUACUGCGAAACUCGCCGGUUCCAAUCGGCACGGUUCCCAUCUACCAGGCGCUGGAAAAGGUGGGUGACAACCCCGAGGAACUGACCUGGGAACUGUAUCGGGACACGUUGAUCGAGCCGGCCGAGCAGGGUGUUGAUUACUUUACGAUCCACGCCGGAGUGCUGCUGCGCUACGUGCCGCUGACGGCCAACCGUCUGACGGGCAUCGUUUCGCGGGGUGGGUCCAUUAUGGCCGGCUGGUGCCUGGCGCAUCACCAGGAGAAUUUCCUGUACACGCACUUCGGCGAAAUCUGCGAGAUCAUGCGGGCCUACGACGUGUCCUUCUCCCUGGGAGACGGAUUGCGGCCAGGCUGCAUCGCGGACGCCAACGACGAAGCGCAGUUCUCGGAGCUUAAGACGCUGGGCGAGCUGACCCAGUUUGCCUGGGAGCAGGACGUUCAGGUGAUGAUUGAAGGGCCGGGUCACGUGCCGAUGCACAAGAUCAAGGAGAACGUGGACCUGCAGAUGGAGGUGUGCCACGAAGCGCCCUUCUAUACGCUGGGGCCGCUGGUUACCGAUAUUGCGCCAGCCUACGACCACAUCACUUCAGGCAUUGGCGCCGCGAUGGUGGGGAUGUUCGGCACGGCGAUGCUUUGCUACGUGACGCCGAAGGAACAACCUGGGUCUGCCCAAUCGGGAGGACGUGAAAACCGGCGUCAUAACCUACAAGAUCGCGGCUCAUGCCGCCGACGUUGCCAAGGGGCAUCCGAUGGCCCAACAGUGGGACGACGCUCUGUCCAAGGCACGGUUCGAGUUCCGGUGGGACGACCAAUUCAACCUGGCGCUGGAUCCGGGAACCGCCCGCGACUACCACGACGAGACAUUGCCGGCCCAGGGGGCCAAGGUGGCUCACUUCUGCUCGAUGUACGGCCCCAAGUUCUGUGCGAUGAAGAUCACCCAGGACGUUCGGGAAUACGCAGCGCAGCAUAG